AUGACCCCAUUCAUACCGUUAUCAGUUAAAGUCGCUUUGGGAUUAGGCACUCUCGUGGGUGCAACCAUAGCUGUGAUAAAUAACAAAGAAGCUAUAUAUGAGACUGCAGAGGCUUUUUUCACGAGAGGAGCUGAGUAUUGUCGAGAAAAGAUAGAAGAAGCAAAGAUCGCAAACGAAACGAAUUUUGCAGACCAUUAUCAAGACGAAGAAUUCAAAGAUGUAAGUACCGGUAAGUCAACAGGUUCAAAUUUGAGAGAUGAAAGUGACUACGAAGAUGUCAGUACCCCUGAAACAUCUGACUUUUCUGAAAUAGAUACAGAUUUUCAAGACGAUGAUGAUCUCAGUGAUGAGAAAGAACAAGCUGAUGAUUUUGAUACUGCUAGUUUAGAUUAG